AUGGCCGUCAAGCCUGUGAGCCUGGCACAGCAGGAGCCACUUUCCCACCAUGUCCAGGUAACUCUUCCCCCGGCUUCGACUGGAAAGGUACUGCCACCAAUGAUGGAAUCUACCCAACGUGCGCCGGCGCCGGCACCAGUAUUAUCAGACGAGGACCAGAGACCGGUGACGCCAUUAUCGGAAAUCAGCCAGUUGCUCAGACUUCAGAGAUAUCACAAGCGCCGGUGCCACCAGGCUGAGAACCAUCUCCAUUGUCUCCAGAUUGCCGCGGCUAGGACUUCACGCCUUGUUCGCUUAUCUCGUUCUGUUCAGUACACCCUCGCUGAGUGUAUAAGAUCCGAGGACAAGAACAGUUUUGUCAAUCUCCUUCAUGCCUUUCACGAUGCCUGCGAUGAGGCGCUGAAGACUUCAUCUACGCCUGACCGGGAUCUUGAGUCCUCAAGAUCUACUACGUCGUUCCUGGGAGACCUCUCGCCAUCUUCACGAACCGCAGUUCUGGAUCUGUUUUCAAAGUUGAGACACGAUGAAUCUUUCAUUGCUAAUCGUCUAGCUUCUUUGUCACCAAAGGAACUGGUCGCUUUGCUACCGGAAAGAACCAAUACCAGAGCAUCCGAGUCCAUACUUGGAGGCGGCCCACGAAUCAGCUCCAGGACAUCCAAACCAUUAGGAUUUGUCGUUGAUGCGCAGGUGGACUUACUCUCCACAUACGGAUACAGCAGUCCUUUGGAGACCCUGGUUUUCGCAAGUAGAGGCCUCAACAGGAACGACCCGCAGGAAGAUGAGCGCGCAACGGACAUUUGGGCCUGCGUGUGUGCCAAAUUGGUUUCCGACCAAAAGUCCGGAAGCGAGAGACUGAUACCUGCUGUGCUUGAUAUUUGGUCGUCUUCUAUGCCAUGGCCUGGAAAAGACCGCCUUGAAGUGUGGAUCCUUCAGACCUUGCAGAAUGGCGCUUUCCUACUUGAGCAACCCACAAAGCCAACGUUUCGAGCCAGGAUUGAAGGCCGAUCAGAUGUAUCCCCAGAGGAGGAGCAACGCACAGAGAUGUUCUAUUCCAAUGCUGCGGACUCAUUGCUUGAACUACUUGGAGAUCAAACAGGCCCAAGCGUUCUGCCACCAGGUGCGCUGAAGAUGUGCCGUGCCAUAUGGACGAAGCUAGCCAGCUCUCCCGGUCACCAGCAUGCGUUUCCUCAAUUUGUCCUUGUUCGCUGGCUGUUCUCUUCGUUUGUCUCGAAUGCUGUCACUGUUCCUGAAUCGCAUGGUCUAUUGACCGAUUACUACCUUUCCGACAACGCUCGCCACCGCAUUCUCCGUGAGAUUGCCAGCCGCGCACAAAAAGCCGCUUUUGAUGUGGCAUAUUCAUGGCGACAUGGUACCGCAUCGGCAGCAGAUACUGUGCAACGCGUAAACAACAUCAUGGUGAGAUUUCAAGGCUCUCGAGCAAGCAAUCCUUCGAAAUGCGCAAACUCCAGGCCUGUGAAACCUCAGGACAGUGCCGUAUUCGUGGCCAUUUCCGCAAAAGAUGUCAUUACCACUCUCAACGCGCUAUACCCACGGAGACGGCCUGCUUCUGUGUCAUCUGACGGCGACAAUUUGAAGUCCGGUCUCCAAUCAUCUGCUUCGUCGAUUUCCGGCUUUUCUCUCUUCUCUCAAGCCAAGGGUCUAGAGCUACACUCGGAAAUGUCUAGCCCAGCUUUACAGGACACCCAGAGCUUUGGAAGUGUAGAGACUGCCAUUGCCAAUUUGGACCUCGAGGAAUCACCUUUGGAUUCCGCCCAUAUGCGAGAAGUAUGCCUAGAGCUGGAGGACCUUGUUACCGGUCGAUCAGCCACAAAGGAUAUUUGGGACGUUCUCACAGCCGGUGGGAACGAUUCUACUCUAUGCACAUUGCGCAGCAAGCUCUCGCAUGCUUCCUCACUUUCCAAAGGCCUGCGUGAUGGAUCUGUGACGCCUUCGGGUGAUACAAUUCUGACGAGUCUUUCCAAAGAGCGUACCAGCUGCAGGCGAGCGGUGGAAGUUCUCCUGCAGCGGACAGAGGCCAGCGAGUUAUCACAUUCCACAGCCAAUCUCACAGGUCGACAUGCCCUCGAAGAGAUCGAGAGCAACUUGGAGACACUUUUCGAGGAAACGAUCCAAGAAUCUGAAGAUCGUGGCAAUUUCGUUGAGGCGCACUCUUGGUUUCAGCAGUAUCAAGAUUUCCAGUCACAUAUCUUCCGUGCUGCUAACAUGCACCCUCUCCGUGAUCUACUGGGGGAGAUUGAAUUGAAUGCGCGGAAGUCAGUCAAGCGAGCCCUGAAGUUGGAAGAUACAUGCGAGGCUUGGGUUCGGACCCUCAGCUCCUUGCAACAGCUGCACAACGAAUCUUUGAAGCCUCUCUUGGACGAGCAUGAACGCCUGAGAGACAAGAUGUGGUACGUGGCUGACGUUCGUACUUCAGCACCAUAUGACGAGGCACGCUCGAUUGCGUCGGCUCUGCGUGUGAUGGGAAAGCCAAAGAGACUCUCACGGACACGACUGUCUCCUCCACUGCGACAUUGGAGUGCAACGAAGCUUUCAAGCACAAACAUGCACCUCAAAACAGAAGCACAGAUUCUGGAGAUUCUCAGCGCCAAACCUGAUCACGGAGGCCCAAAUAAGCUCAGUGAUGAUCAAUCGAAGUCGACACAGCUUUGGAUGGAUCGUCAGAACAUCGACAAUCUUUGCAGAGGCGAAGAGCGACUACACAAGUUGUGUAUGGAGAUUCGCAAAUGCGUGGACCAGAUUGUUGCAACGCCGGCCGAAGGUUCUACCCUUUGGCAGAACACACUAUUCGCGAGGGACGCCGUCUUUCGUCAGCAGCAAAUUGCACAAAGAAAGCCAAGUCUCCUCGCAGGUCUUUCGGGCUCGCAUGGCAUGUUGUCGUUAUCGAGCCAGCUUCGAAGUACUGAUGGCCUCUCGAGUGCAUCGCAUACCUUGUCCAAUGCCAGCUCGCGCGACUACCUGGACUCGCGAAGUCCGACUCUGGCCAGCAAAUCCUCCAUGCCGUUCUGGUCGCCUGCGAUGACCGAAGUCGACUCGCCAUCAAGUGCUACAAGUAUUGGAGAUUCUCAGACACAGUCUGCGCUGGACUCUGCAGCACAGAAGCUACCAAAUCCAUCUACCAUCGCUGAUCAGCCGUCUCUCGAGAGGUUGAGACACCGGGCGACCAGUCUUGUGCUCAGUGAUCUCACAUCGACUCUGUUCAACGAGGGCAGCGAGACUGAUCAUGCGUAUUGGAGUGGACUGGGACGUGAUUUGACGGACCGACAUUUCCGUGGUCUGUACGCUGUGCAUGCCAGCAUCGGGUCUCAGACCCCGACUAUGGACUCAAGUGCUCCACCACGACCUACGAUUCCACGUUUCAGCUUCGACAGCGCGUUCAGGACACUGUUACAGAAGUUCUCUGCGAUCAGCAACCCAUCCACGAAACUUGCUUGUCUGUAUGACAUUGAUCGACUCUUAGUGCCGUACAUGGCAGAACAGGCCGCGAAUGAGUCCCCUUCACUGUCAUUUGCGAGAUCAAGCUCGGAGAUGGGCCAACUUGUCCAAGAACGAAGAUCAAACGGACUUGCGGAAACAAGUGUGGCAGGCUUUCGCAAUGUGUUCUCCAAGAGCACCCUUCGACCGGCGACCAUCUUCAGAGACCUGCAGUACAUUGCUGCUCUUUUGCCUUCAUCCAUUCUACACAACACUCCCGAAGGCAAGGCAUUCUGCAACGCCGCAGUAGCCAUCACAUCACUCAAGCAAGAAGCUCGCACAAUCAUGGUCGAGACGGCGGACAGCAUCAUCGCUUACCACUCCAACAACCGCGGCCAUGGACGAUCCUCAUCCACCGCACAACAACAACGCGACUCUGCGACAUUCGCAGCACCGAGUCGCACCCCAUCCGCCGAAGAAGUCUCUCGCUACAGCAUGGCAGACGCAGCAUACCUCCUUCAAAUCACCGCCAAGGAAGGUGAUCCCGUCGCUCAGCGGGAGCUGGCUACACUGUACCUGACGCAUCCCGAGCUCAUGGAUCGAAUCAUCGCGCCCUUUGCCAGGACCAGGGAUGUUUUCAAGGAAGAGCUCGAGAGCAAAUGGCGCAAGAACCAGGAUCCCAACCGUUGCGAUCCAACCACGAUGUGUGUCGCGCAUCACUGGAUGAGCCUCAGCAGUAAGGGUGGGGAUUCUCUUGCGAAGGAGAUUCUGAGGCAACGGGAAGAGAUGGAUAGUUUUUGA